UACAAGGCCAUUAUCCUCGUUCUUUUCCAUACUUAUGCACUGAUCAUCACACCAGGCCUAUCCUGAUAAAAGGCACCAUUAAAUCCGCCAGCGCCCUUUCGUGACAUUCUCUUCUCACCCUAAUUCCCUCUUUAGCGCCUUCUCAUCUUCUUCCCUGCCAUUUGGAGGGAUUUCCCUGUCGGGUUGGUUCUUGGUUCAUUCCUCGUCCAUUAUAUUACCAUCAGCCACACAAAUUCAUAAUGGAACCAAGUACAUCCCUGAAAGACGAUAGUACGAAGACUCAACCAUCCUUGGACGACCUUAUCAAGCAAGCUGCCGCCAAAGAUGCCAUCAAGGAUUACAACGCCGCUGCAGAGCUGUACUCUGAGGCCACGGAACUUCAAGCAGAGCUUAACGGAGAAUUAGCGCUCGAAAAUGCAGACUUACUAUUCGCUUACGGAAAAGCCCUCUACAACGUUGCCGUCAGCAAGAGCGAUGUGCUUGGGUCCAAGGUAGCUGGAGAAUCACAGCCGAGCAGCACGUCUAUUGAGAGGCCAUCCGCUGCGGCAACAACCACAACCGCAGGCAUCGUUGAGAAAGCUGUAGCCCAGAGCCCACCUGAGAGAUCCUCAGGAGCCCAGAAGACAAAUACUGGUGAUGUUCCAGCUAAGCCGUACUUCCAAUUUACUGGUGACGAAAACUAUGACGACUCGGAUUCGGAAGACGAGGCCGACGGCGAGGAAGCUGCGGCCGAUGACGAAGACGACUUUGCCAAUGCCUUUGAAGUUCUUGACUUGGCACGUGUACUAUACCACAAAAAGAUGACUACGAUAGAGGAAGGAAUCGGCAAAGGGAAAUCCGCAGGUUUACCUCCAGAUCUCAAACACGUCAAGGAACGUCUCGCGGAUACCUACGAUUUACAAGCCGAGAUCUCACUGGAGGCAGAAAGGUUCAAAGAUGCGGUGACGGACUUGAGGACGUCUCUAGAAUUAAGGCAGUCUCUGUUUCCGAUGGAGGAUCCUUCUGUUGCAGAAUGUCACUACAAGCUUUCCCUUGCUCUAGAAUUUGGCUCCGUCAAGAAUGAGAAUGACAACUCCCAAGAGGACACCAGCCCCAAAGAGCCGGUCGACGAGGAAAUGAGGAAAGAGGCCGCAGCUCAAAUGGAAAAGGCUAUUGAAAGUUGCCGUCUAAGGAUGGAUCAAGAACAGAAGAAGUUGGUCGACGAUAGUUCGUUGGAUGAGGACAGGGUGACCGCUAUGAAGAGAAGAAUAGCAAAUGUCAAAGACAUUAUAGCUGACAUGGAGCAAAGGCUCGUCGAUCUUCGACACCCGCCAGUAUCUGCUAUCGAGAAUAGCGAUGCAGACAACACGGUGCUGAAGGGUAUUUUGGGUCAGAUUAUGGGGCAUUCCCCUUCGGAGCAAAAGGCUCAUCUCGAUGCUGUCACGAGAGAAGCAAAUGACCUUUCUGCGUUCAUCAAAAGAAAACCUGCGAGCAACAAGCCACCACAGAAGAGUGACACUGUAGCAAAACGAUCGGCUCCGGAAGAGGGCGCGGGAGGCGAUACAAAGAGAGCACGAGCAGGCGAUGAACUUGAAUGAACCUGGGUAUACUGAUCGCCAGAGGCAUCAACGUGGCUGGUCGGGUGCUCUGUCUAUCAACCCUUUGCGGCAGCUAGCACUCACGUGAGAAAAUGAUCAUUCAUGCUGGCAUUACCCAAAGGAUUAGAGCAAUAAUUCUGAUAUGAUACCCAAUGAAGCGAGGUCGAAGAGAUAUCUACGCAUUAUACAGCAGUAGCCACCAAUUUGUCUGAAAUCUAUUGUGAUACCACAUAUUAUAAACAU